AUGUCCUCCCCACCCGACCAGCAAGAUUUCCUGCCCGGACAGCAAUUCGACAUCCGCUUCGAGGUACACGCCCCCAAGAACGGAUCCGAGGCCUUCAACGACGGAGUUCCCGAUGAGAAGUUCACCGUCACCAUCGCCAAGGACAACGGGCGACCCAAGAGCAUCGCCUCUUUCUUUGACCUGAAGAAAGAACCUUCGCUAGAGAAAUGGACGUUUUCUUGGUACGAAGACCUGUUCGCUCAGGAUGCGAAGACUCCGUCCGUCGUCAAUGUUGCGUCCAAGAUCUACCGGAGAGUGGCCCUGUAUGAGCCGGGGACGUAUACGGUUACGCUGAAUUAUUACUCGGGGAAGAAAACGACGGCUACGUGGGUUGUGAGACAGCUGGCGACUAAGAAGAAGGCGAAGAAUGUUAUUCUUUUUAUUGGAGACGGUAUGACUACCAACAUGAUCACUGCUGCUCGGCUGCUCGCCCACAAGUCCAUCAAUGGCAAGUAUCAGAGUACUUUGCAGCUUGACAAGUUUCCGACUUUGGGUCAUCAGAUGACGCACUCCAUCGACUCGUUCAUUACCGACAGCGCAAACUCAGCCUCUGCGCUGUAUACAGGACAUAAGACCACUGUCAAUGCUAUGGGUGUCUACGUUGACUCCUCACCUGACAACUUCGAUGAUCCCAAGGUCGAGACGGUUAUCGAGCUUCUCAAGCGGAUCUGGGGUUCCGCCUGGGGCGCUGUCUCGACUGCCUUCAUCGCCGACGCCACUCCUAUUGCUCUCACAGCCCACACGCGCUCUCGCUAUGAAUACGGCGCUCUCAUCGAGCAAGCUCUCAACGGGUUCUCAAACACUUCAUGGACAAAGCUGGACGGUCCAGACGUAUACUUCGGUGGUGGCGCCGAGCAGUUCCUUCCCGGCUCUGCCUCAUACCAGGGCAAGGACUACUACGCCGAGUUCGCCAAGAAAGGGUACUCAGUCAGCCUCAACAAGACCUCUCUCCUCUCCCUCCCCAACGACAAGAGAGCGCUUGGAAUCUUCUGCAAGUCCAACCUGCCCGUCUGGCUCGACCGCAACAUUUUCCCCGAAAACAUCCUCAAGCUCAAGAACGAUCCCUCAGGCGCCUCGGGCCCGGCCAAGGACAUCCCCGGCCAGAAAGAAAUGACUCUCAAAGCCAUCGACAUCCUGCACAAGCGCGGCGGCAAAGACGGCUUCUUCCUCAUGUCCGAAGCGGCCUCCAUCGACAAGCAGAUGCACGUGCUGGACUACGAGCGGGCGCUCGGCGAUCUUUUGGAGCUCGACGACACCAUCCGCGCCACCAUCCAGAAACUCAAGGACCUUGGUGAGCUCGACAACACCCUCAUCGUCGUCACCGCCGACCACGGCCACGGCUUUGACGUCUUCGGCGGCGCCGACACCAAGUACCUCGCCGCCCAGCACGACAAGGACGACCGCCACAAGCGCGCCGCCAUCGGCGUGUACAAGGAAUCUGGUCUCUCGCAGUACACCGUCGAGCAACCCGGCGUCAGCUACAACACGGGACCUAACUUCCCUGUUAACUGGGACCCGCGCUACGUGAUUGCUGCCGGCACGGGCGCCGCUCCCGAUCGGAGAGAGCAAUACGGCGUUGGCAAGAACGGUUCGCGCACGCCCGCUGCAGCCCUGCCGGGUGUCGGAGUGUCUAAUGAUUACUAUGUCAAUCCCACGGAUAGGACGGGCGGGUUUGUGGUCAACGGCACGUUGCCUACGACUGAGAGCCAGGGUGUUCACUCGCUUACGGAUGUGCCCGUUUUUGCGCAGGGCCCUUGCUCGGGCAACUUUGGCGGGGUAUAUAGCAAUACGGAUGUGUUCUUCAAGAUUGCGGAUUGCUUGGGAUUGGGACAUCCGACCAAUAAGACUAUUGGUGGUGGGAAGGGGAAGGGGAACGGGAAUGGGAAGUGGGAUUGA